GCCGAUAGAAUAUGGUGUCCAACGAUAGCCCUGGCGAAAUACGGCAAGGACAACAGCAUCCAAGUCUCCCAAACGAGCUGCUUAUCGAAAUAUUCUCAUUCGCACAUCAGAAUGAUCAAUCUCUCAAAACCCUUCGCAGCAUCUCACUUGCUUCACACAUGUUCCAUGGUCUCGUUACUCCGAUCCUGUAUUCAACAUUGACGAUCCCUGAGCCGUCUAUGGGCGGCGAAUACGGCUACCCAGAUUACAUCUGCCUCUUCGUCCGUACCAUGCUCGACACUGCAAGCCUAGCAAGGCACGUCAAAUACGUCCAACUAUUCCUGCCAGGCAAAGGCCAUUAUUCCUGGAGUCCACUCGGGGAGCGAGUCGUGCAGCCAAUCUUCCAGAAAGCACGUGAGCUGAAGGUCCCUCUCGACGUGAAACUCUGGGAAGCCGUAAAUUCCAAAGCAAGGAGCUCAUUUGUUGCUUUACUGCUCCUUCUUCUGCCCAACAUUGAGACCCUUAGUUUUAUCUUGGGGGAUGGCUAUUUCCCCGAGGUCCUGGACAUGCUUCCCAUAGACUUCUUUUCCGAUCGCCACGGAAGGAAUAACUUCGCCAAAGUCCGCAAGCUGAGCGUGGAUCUAGGCCCACACCAUGCUGAGGGAUAUUUCGGGUCGAUAGGCGUGCCGGCGUGGCUUCAAACGCCUGCCCUGAGUGAGCUCGAGGUGUUGCGUACUGGCUAUGGCAUCGAUCCCAGCGCUUGGCCGACACCCCCUAUCUCGAAUCUGAUAUCGAUUGCGAUACUACAAGGCGCUAUAAUGGAGAGCUCAAUGAAGUAUCUACUAGGAAUAUCCCCCAGACUGAAGUCGUUCAGCUACACUUUCGAGGAGCGCUACCUGAUAUCGAACGAGGAUGGCGACGAUUGGACAACUCCGUUCGACGUCAUCGGCCACCUACGCACGCUUUCUAGCAGUACCUUGGAAAGCCUUACCAUCUACACGAAGGAACUCCUUGGUCCCAACGGGCCUGAGGGAAUGUGGGUCCCCAACGACUGGCACUGUGACCUGGUCGCGUUUGAGAGGCUGACGUUUCUCCAUACCGAUUGCCUGUUCUUGUUCGGGUCAUCAGCAGCAGAGGCUCUGAGCUUGAGUUUGCCGCUGUCGUUGAACAAGCUGCAUCUUAAUAAACACUGGACAGGCGACCCAGAGGUUCUCGAUGCACCGGUAAAGUGCAUCAAGACGGCCUAUCCGGGCCUGGAAAUGGACAUCGUGGAUGUACCUCUGUCUCACACGUUCGCGGAAUAGUACUCUGUAGAGAAGAAGCAGGGCCAAUGCCAUCAAUUUAUGCCUAUGAAGCCACAGUGCUCGCUCACACGGUACUCCGCCCGAUCCUGGCCCUCGUCCACCUCUGCUUAUUCUGUGUCCCCGCGCUUAUCACCCUUUGCAUCCG